AUGGCUGGUGUAGUUAGUCGUGCAUUGAUUAUUCUAGGUAUUUAUGCUUUACCAGCAAUGUUUUAUUGGAUUUCACAAGCUAGUCUAGCAGCAGUUAUCAUUCAUGCUGUCGGUGAUCUUAUCGCUGGACCACAAACAUUGAAACUUUUUUGGCAAGUAAGUCCAAUAGAAUUUUUCAUCUUUUGGAUUGGAGUUAUUGUAACAAUAUUUUCUUCCAUUGAAAUCGGUAUCUAUACUACAGUCAUUUCUUCUGGUGUUCUUCUACUUUUUCGUAUUGCUAAAGCUCGUGGUCAAUUUGUUGGCCGAGUUCAAAUUGAACAAAUUAAAUUAUCAGUCGAUAAAUAUAUUCGUUUAACAACUCGAAAUAUCUAUGUAUCACUUGAUCAUUCUGAUGGAUCAAAUCCGACAGUUAUUCCUAUAUCAUCUAACAACGGUAUCUUUAUCUAUAGAUUGAAUGAAAGUUUUCUCUAUCCGAAUGCCAAUCACUAUAUGGAACUUAUGAUUGAACAAAUUUUUCGUGAAACUAAACCAGGCAAAACUAAUCUGUAUGAUUCACUUGGUGAACAACCGUGGAAUUUGAAGACAAGUCGACAUCCAGAAAGGGAUCAACAGAAAGAUGAUCGACGUCCAUGUUUACAUGCCUUAAUUUUAGAUUUUAGUGGUGUUGCUCAUUUAGAUAUAACUGGUCUGCAAAAUCUUGUCGAUGUUCGUCGACAAUUAGAUCAUUAUGCAGAUAAAAAAGUCAAUUGGCACUUUGUCGGCUUAUCGCGUCCUUGGUUAAAACGGGCACUCAUUUCUGCUGGAUUCGGUUCAUCUGAACAAGGACAUACAAUUUUUUCUGUAGCAAACCUACAUGACAAUAUCGACGGUGAUGAAAACAAUGCAACUGUUGUACUUGUUCCCAUUCUGGAUAGUAAUCGAUCACUAUUUCAUACUGAUCUUGAUGAAGCAUACGAAGCAGCUAUGGCGAGUUUACCUCAGAAAGACAAAUUUGUCGUUUUUGAUAAUGGCAUGGUAUAA